AUGGUGGGGGUGUUCUGGUUGGUUUUUGUCUUGUUCGCUGACGUGCUGCCGUGCUGCCGCCAGCUUCGCCAACCUUCUCUGACGGCUUCUCUUGCAGAUCUGCCGCACUCUCCUCCGGUAGGCGGCGAUGGCAGAACCAAAGGAGCUUUGCGCUCUCCAUGCCCGGGCUUUGGCGGGGCCAACGAACAGGAGGCGCCUUCCAUAACCCUGACCCUCGCUGGGUUUUGCUCCCGAGAUCGCGCAGCGCCGCGAAGACUGCAACCGGAGGAGAACCACGUCCUCCUUGCCAAGAAGUACACGGACCACCUUACGACGCCGAGACCGAAGGCUCCGUGUCUCGAAACGCUCCUUUUCUUCUACAACUCCCCUUUGACAUCCCGGGACCCUGGGACCGACUACGACAACGACGACCAGAAAUGGCCUACCAUGGUGCCCCGCCGUCGCCGUGGCGCGGCCAAUGAUGCGGGCGACGAUUCCGUAUCAAAGCCGGAUGCGCCCAAGAACCAACGGCCCAACUCCUCAUGGCGCGGGCGGAGCAUGCGGGGGGGGCAGUGCGGUAAGAAACCCAAACUCAUUGUCACCAUCUUCUCCAUUCUAGCCGCCAUUUAUCUCGGCUUUGGCGCCUACCUGACAUAUCUGGCACAUACGGUCCGGGACAUCCGUAUCGACUACACGAACUGCAAACACGAUGCCCCAAAUAAGUUCUCGCCGAUGCCCCCAGACUACAUCACAGCGCACUUCUCGAAAACAGACAGCAAUUAUAAUCCCUACGAAGCAGAGUGGAUGAAGGAAAACCGGACAGUGCCGGUCAAAGGCUACACGGACGACCGCACCUACUGCCGUAUCAAGUUCAACAUCCCCGAGGAGCUAAAUCCCACCAUCAGCUUCUUUUACAAUCUCGAGAACUUCUACCAGAACCACCGCCGUUACGUCAACUCGUUCAAUGCCAAGCAGCUACUCGGCGAUGCCGUUGACGGUCGCACUAUCAACGACUCCACCUGCGACCCGAUCGCCUAUGACCCAGAGGGAAGCGGCAAGAUUGUUUACCCAUGUGGUCUCGUUGCCAAUUCCUUCUUCAACGACACCUUCUCAAACCCAGUCCUUCUGUCCGUCCCUGGCUCGAACGCUGCGAAUGAGACGUACAAGAUGUCAACCAAAGGGAUUGCGUGGAGCGGCAUGAAGGACCUCUAUGGCGACACUAAAUACGACAUCAACCAGAUUGUCCCCCCACCGAACUGGGAACCGCGGUACAGGGGGGGCUAUUCCGAGAAGAACCCCCCGCCGAAUCUAAAGGAAGAUGAGGCUUUUCAGAACUGGAUGAUGCUGGCUGCGGCGCCCAACUUCUUCAAGCUCUACCAGAGGAAUGACAACGACACCUUGAAGGAGGGCCAGUACCAAGUCGAUAUCGAGGAUAAUUUCGACACGACCAAGUACAACGGCCGCAAGGCUUUCGUCAUAACCACCCUCUCCACCAUGGGCUCCCGCAACAUCUGGCCGGGGAUCAUAUUCCUGAUCGUGGGAGGAAUCUGUCUGAUCCUCGACAUUUGGUUCAUCUUGUCGUUCUUCCUGUGGAAGCCCCGCAAGCUGGGUGACCCCUCGUACCUGUCGUGGAACCAGCCUUCCGCGCCCCAGGGACAUGCGGCAUCAUAA